AUGGCUGACUUAGACGAUCAAUUGUUAGAAGGCGGUAUUGAUUUAUCGUCCGAAGAACAUAACACUCAAAUUGGUAUAGAAAAUAGCAUGUCUUUUGAUUUAAUUGAAAACGGACAAUCAAACCUCGCCGACUCUCAAGCCUCAGCAGACUCUGACUUGGAAGUAAUUAGAGCCCGCGUACGAGAAAUGGAAGAAGAAGCUGAAAAGUUAAAAAAAUUGCAGUCACAAGUAGAUCAAGAAAUGUCAAACACGCCAGUACUGUCUUCUCCAAAUUGCUCGAAAACAAGUGCGACUUAUAAUUUGUCUGAGCAGGAAAAGGCUGAAGCUGAUGCUAGAUCUGUUUAUGUCGGUAAUGUAGACUAUGCAGCAACAGCAGAAGAAUUGGAGACUCAUUUCCAUGGCUGUGGUUCAAUAAAUCGGGUUACCAUAUUGUGUAACAAAUUUGAUGGUCAUCCAAAAGGAUUUGCAUAUAUUGAAUUUGCUGACAUGGAUUCUGUUAACACAGCCAUGGCGAUGGAUGAUUCUUUAUUCAGAGGUCGUCAAAUUAAAGUUAAUCCUAAAAGAACGAAUAAACCUGGGAUAAGCACUACAAAUCGUCCAGUAGCGUCUAGGGGUAGAGCUAUGUUCCGAGGCCGCCCAAUGUCACGUGGUGGUGCACAGUCAUCAUUUUAUGGUGGUUAUAGACCUUCACGUAGACCAAGAGGUGGUUAUUCCAGAAGAGCAAUGUAUUAUCCUUACUGA